UUUGAAGUUCUUCAUAGAGAAUCAGAAAUCGAGCGUGGAAAUAUAAGCACAGAUUGUCAAUAGUCAAUUCGUCGGAAACAGAUAAGAAAAUGUCGUCGGCGGGAACAUUCGGCGGUCGCGACGACGGCGGUGGCGGUGGUUCCGGAGGAACGGCUUCGCCAAAUUACUUCUGUUAUCAAUGCAAUCGAACGGUAACCAUAUCUCCUUCACCUGCCCCCAAUUCCGAACUAGUUUGCCCUAAUUGCGACGGUGGGUUUCUAGAAGAAUACGAUUCGGCUACUGCACCAACUACCGCCGAUCCUGACCUAAUUUUCCCUGCAUCUUUCGGCGGUGGCGGUGGUGGUAUUGGUGGUUUUCCCAUUAUCUUCUCCCCCCCAAAUGGCGAAGGUGAGAUUGACCUCUUCUCCUUAUUUGGAGCCGCCGCGGGUAUCCCUAGCAGAUCCCCAAACGAGUUCAAUCCGUUGGCUUUUCUCAAUUCUCAUCUAAAUAGUCUUCGAGCCGGCGGAGCUGAUAUACAGUUUGUGUUUGAGAGCCCCGGAGGUGGUGGCAUGGGGAUUGGUUUUGGUGGCAGCGGAGGAAUGCGUUUGCCUGGGAAUAUCGGUGAUUAUUUUGUCGGGCCUGGUUUGGAACAGUUGAUUCAGCAAUUAGCUGAGAAUGAUCCAAAUAGGUAUGGGACGCCACCGGCUGCUAAGUCUGCUGUGGAGGGUUUGCCGGUUAUCAAGAUGACAGAGGAGUUGUUGGAAUCGGAUUCUUCGCAAUGUGCAGUUUGUAAAGAUAGCUUUGAGCUCGGUGAGGAAGCCAAGCAGAUGCCGUGUAAGCAUAUAUAUCAUUCUGAUUGUAUAUUGCCAUGGUUAGAGUUGCAUAAUUCUUGCCCUGUAUGCCGGUAUGAGUUACCUACAGAUGACCCUGAUUAUGAGAGCAGAAGAAAUGGGCAGCAGAGUCCCAAUAACAAUAAUAGUAACAGCAACAACAAUAGUAGUAACAAUUUUCCUAGUUUUGGUUUCAAUUUUGGAACCGAUAGUAAUGCCGGCUCCGGAGGUGUUGGUCUAAGCGGCCUUGGGAAUCAAGAGAGUCCGCAGACACCAAGGACUGUGGAGAGAAGGUUUAGGAUAUCGUUGCCAUGGCUUUUCAGAGGAUUUGGAUCACCUGCAGAGACUAGUGGUAGUGGUGGAGCUGGAAAUACUGAUGGGGGGAACAAUAACAACAGUGGAGGUUCAAAUGCAGACUCCGGAGGACAUCCUAGGAUGGAGGACGUGGAUUAAAAGAUAUCAUGAUGUUGUUGCAUGUACUACUGAUAUGAACAUAGAAGAUAUUGCUAUAUAUGGAUGAUUAAUGAUCAGUAUAGGGUUUGAUUACAUUUUUGUAAUAAUGGAGAAAACCUGUCAUUUAUUUUCCUUUUCUUUCUCCAUUUUGCAUUGUUAUACUUCAAAAUUACCUGUAGCCACUUAUGUACAUCAACUUUUCUUUUGGAUGUGAUUUCUGAUAUACAAAUACUCUUAUGUUAGUAUCAACAUUAAAAUACUCAUGUCAGUAUCAACAUUAUUUUUCUCGGUUG